AUGCAUGCUUUGGGGAGGACUCCAGCUUUGACCUUGCUGAUCUUCUUUGAUAUGUUGGUGCCUGAUUCAAGUUGUUCAAUUAAUGGACAGAAGCAGAUGACAUAGGAUGGUUCAUUUCCUUUUUCAGACUAUAUCUUCCCUGAUGUAGUAGUGUAUGUCACCGUGGAGAUGGAGGUGAUUAGCACUCCAGUGUCUGUACAGAUAGGUACAAAGGCUGUACUCUACUGCCUUUCUAGUCCAUCAGAAGAAGCAGCACUUGUAAUAUGGAAAAUAACCCCCAGAAGCUGGCCUUCCUGCAGACUACCCUACAGAGUAGAAUUGCAGCAGAUCAGUGAAAAAAUCUGUACUGACCUAAGAAACACCCAGGCCUCCACGCCUCAUGAGUAUCCUGACCUUCAGAUCAGCAGCACAGAGGCCCUCCAGUGUAAUGGGCAUUACUCAUGUCAGAUAGCAACAACUGAUGGGAUUUUCCAAAAGAGACAUGAAGUCCAAGUGCUGGGGAAAAGUAGAACUGCAGUCUGUGAGACAAUUGCAGGCAAGCCUGCUGCACAGAUCUUUUGGACUCCAAAUGGGGAUUGUGUCACUAAGGAUGAAUCACACUGCAAUGGCACUGUGACUGUCAGGAGCACAUGUCACUGUAAGCAAAACAAUGGCCAAGAUGUGUUUUGCUUUGUCUCCCAUUUGACUGACAACCAAACCCUCUCCAUAGAACAGAAUCAAGAUACAACCAGCACCUUGCCUUCCUUGCUGAUCAUUCUCUAUGUGAAACUGGCCAUAAUUCUUCUCAUCAUAGGAUUUGCUUUCUUCCAGAAAAGAAACUAUUUCAGAGUGCCAGAGGGCUCCUGA